AUGUUUUCUUUAAUAGAUUUAAUUUUCUAUUUUAUUGCAGUCUUUGUUAUUUUAUACUGCGAACUUUCAACCAAUAAUAAUGAUCAAAUGGACCAACAAACUCAACAACAAACCCAACAACAAACCCAACAACAAACCCAACAACAACAACAACAACAACAAACCCAACACCCACAACACCACAACACCCACAACACCACAACACCCACAAAACCCACAACACACCCCAACAACCCAUUAUAG